AUGGAUUCCUCGUCAGGAAGAUAUCUGACGUCUUGUAGGGGAGGAGCCUCCGAUCCUACGACCUUCAAACCAUGUGACCCUGUAACCCUAGCGGAUGCACCCUUCAUCCCGAACGCCUUGGACUUUGCGUACCGAGCGUUCUUGGCUGACAAUACCGUGGCAUUAUCGGUCCCUCCAGGAUUUUCGAAUGCGCAAGCCGUGGACAGCGCCUCAUUCGCCGGCCGGGGCGCAAGCUUCACCGUGUAUCGACGUCGCAUCCCACCCCAGAAGCCCCUAACGUCGCGUACAAACGUGGAUGGCCUUUUGAUCGAGAUUAGAGAUAAACGCAAGCUGCCGGAGGUAGUCGCCUACAAAGUGGCUGUCAUCGAGUUUUCGGACAAAGGUGAAGCCACUCACACAUCCUGGCACGCCAUAGACGCGGCAAUCAUGGAGCUCUAUCUCUCGACGCACCGCCCAAUCCUGCAACACCCCAAUCUCGUCGACUUUCUUGGAUUGGCAUGGGGCGCAAAUCCGUUUAAUUCAUUGCAGAAACUACCGGUCCUCAUGGUGGAGUUUGCGGAAUACGGGAGCCUCUCGCAGCUGCAACAGAGGGAGUAUCUCGGCAUAGAGACUCGGCGUAAGCUCUGCCUUGAUGUCUGCAAAGGUCUUCAUAUGCUUCAUUCAUGCGGCAUCGUUCAUGGCGACAUCAAGGCACAGAAUGUCUUGAUAUUUGCAGAUGCGGAGCACAAAUACAGAGCCAAAGUGAAUAACUUCGGCUACUCCCAGGUGAUAAAUACUGAAAGGAGCAGCCUCUUGCUAGGAGGAACCCGGCCGUGGAAGGCCCCCGAGGCGAAGACAGCAGUCAAGGUAUCAGACGCAAAGUAUACCGACAUAUACUUAUUGUCCCUUUUUAUCUGGUGUACAUUUGCACAUGGUCAAAACAUCUUCAAACUCCUCGUGGACCCCUCCAACCAAUGCGAAGAAUUCUACGCGGAAGCGGAGAAACUGAAGGAGACUGAAGAACUAGCUGCCCAGACAGAUAUUUCUGCAUGGUACUUGAAAGCCAUUAUGGCCACUACUUAUGGCGACACCGGCCAGUUCCUCCAGCACUUCCAGUCUCUCCAGCAGCAAUUGCAGCAGAACAACGCACAGGCCAACCACUCGGCGGUUGGCAUUGACGAUAUUGAAAAGAUUCUGUGUGCCAUUCCACCCGUGUUUUUUCAAACGUUGGAGCCACUGAAGCAACAGCUGAUCGCAACUGUUCAACGUUUGGGUUUAUACGAUGCGAUGAAAGGAGCUGUGACAAUAGGAUUAUCGAAUGAGCCACACCAAAGGGACCUCGACCAAAUCAUGGUCGCCCUGGGCCACAGGCAACAUUUCUUCACGUGGCGCCACUGGACGGGGAUGGAACCUUCCAUUCAGGGGUACUUGACAACAACAUACAUCCAAAGAGGCGAGGGGGAGGUUAAGAAAGGUAUGAUAAACCCACCGGAGGCUUUCCUUCUCACGGCUCUCUACAUCAACGGAUACGGUGUAGACAAGGAUACAUCGCAAGCAUUGCGAUGGCUCUUUAACGCCUGGGGGGUGAAACAUCCACUGGCGUCAGCAUAUGGAUACCGAAUCGCGCGUGCCAUCGGGCUCACGCCUGAUAACGCAGACAGCGUAAUCGAAACCCUGGAACUAAUGGCCCUGCGUGGUUCAAGAAUUGCCCUCGAAGAUCUCGCCAUGCUCUCCAAGGAUACCUAUGAGAAAACGAAGAAAACGAUCCGUGACGUCCUCGCAGGCACAGGCGCGAAUUUCUUUUGGAAGACAGAAAUGCUUCACGGAUUUGCUCACAAUAUGUGGAUGAGAACCUUUGAAAACAUUACCAUCUUGCUUGAGAAUUCUUCUCAGUUCGAUUCCAUCGCUGACUACACAGCCAACAAGAGAGGUGACCGCAUUCUUCAUGUGGCCGCAUGUUGCGGCCAAACUGAAGCCAUCGGGGCUCUCCUGAAUCGCUUUCCCUCACUUGAAGUUAAUCAACUCAACGACCAAGGCGAGACGCCGCUUCUGUGUGCUUGCCGCGCAGGCUAUACAGAUACGGUCUUGUGGCUCACUUCGAAUGGAGCAACCGCAUCGGUGGCACCGAAUGGAGAGUCUCCGCUUCACUGGCUGGUAUCCUUUGAUGAUGAAGAGAUCGAAAGCGUUGGCCCAGCACUGAUCCAAGCCGGCGCGGAUACAAAUGCCAAGACUACUACAUUCAUCGCCUACCAAGCAGCGUUUCCGGCAUCGCUAGAUAUUGAUCGGCUCCCGGAGGGUUAUCCAAUCGGAUGGGCCCGAGACGAAUUGGUUGAAUACCUCCUCAAACACGGAGCUGACGUCAUGAAAGCUGGAGAAAACUACGAUGAAGAAGUGCUUCAGUCCCAAGAUGUUGGUGCGUUCAAAAUGGCUGACAUUAACUGCGCAUGCGGCGUUGACCUGCGAACACCGCUCCUAGAGGCAGUUCGAUGGAAUCGUCCCACGAUGGUCAAUCUUCUCCUUGAGCAUGGAGCACAUGCCACGGGAGCUUCUAAAAACCCCUUCAGUGGAUUAGCUUCAACGUGGACCGCUCUCCAUGUCCUGGCCUUUAUAUCGCAUGGCGCCGAUAUCAACUUGUCCAGCCUGAGCAGCGGCCACCUGAGCUUCACAAACCCCACAACCAUCUUCGGCCAUGUCAUCGCCUCCAACGCGCGAAAUUCAAUCACACGUCUCCGCUACCUCCUUGGCAGCGCAGACUGCUUGAACUUCAUCGUCGAGCCAACCCGACAGUGGACGGCGCUCCACCGCGCCGCAGCCGCUCACAUCGACGACGAGUUCCGCGGGACAGAUGCAACCGAGGCGGCUGAGCUGGACUGGGCCGACAUCGAUUGGAGUGCAAACCGCGAGAUUAUGAAUGAGCUACUAUUACAGUUUAAUGAUCCGGAACAGCUUGACGCUGUUGAGGAAAGCAUGGGCCUAACGGCGAUGCACCUGGCAGUUCUCGCGGGUAAUGAGGCCGCAGUGAAAUUACUUCUUGACAAGGGUGCCCGCAGUGACGUGCCGAGUGCAGAUGGCCAGGGACCGACAGCCGCUGUUGGAAUACAGAUGGAGAGGUUGCCUAUGAGCGAAGUGGGUGCCCGGCCUGGCGAGGAAGAGGUGGCGACUCGUAAGAGGUGUAAUGAUCUUCUGAAUCCGCGAGCCCAGCCUGCAGCAUGA